AUGACUACAGCGACUGUGGAGCCGCUCAUACACAAUUUCUAUGAGCCAGUGACGGGAACUUGGCAAUACAUCGUUGAAGAUGAACAUACGAAGCAGUCCAUGAUCAUUGAUCCAGUCCUAGAUUACGACUCGGCUACCAACAAGAUCUCGACGCAUUCUGCACGCUCAAUUUUAUCAUUGGUCGAGCAACGUUCUUUGAAUGUCCAACGCCUUCUAGAGACCCACGUCCACGCCGACCACCUGACAGCCUCGCACUAUCUAAAGAUGAAGUUGUCGGCUUCGCAGUCCACUUCUCCGGCUGUAUGUAUAGGAGCCGACAUUACCGAGAUCCAAAGAGAUUUGGCGCCAAGAUACAAAAUCACCCAAUCAGAAUUAGACGAAUCCUUUGACGAGACAUAUAGCGAAGGGGACGAAUUUGACGUGGGGUCUUUGCACGUCUCCGUCAUAGAGCUCGCUGGUCAUACGCCCAACCACGUCGGCUACGUCAUUGGCAGCAAUGUCUUUGUCGGAGACUCCAUCUUCAACCCUGACUUGGGGUCUGCUAGAGUCGAUUUUCCAAAAGGUUCUGCUUCGGCGCUCUGGUCUUCGAUGCAGUUUUUACUCUCUUUACCUGGACAUUUCAAGCUUUAUACUGGCCAUGACUAUCCACCAGCGGAUCGCGAGCACGCCGGUGAGAAGGGUCAACCAAGGCCCUACGCUACUGUCGACGAACACAAACAAAGCAACAAGCAUGCCAAGUCUGGUACCGUAGAGAACGAGUUCGUGCGUUGGAGAACCAACAGAGACCACAAGCUUAAAGCUCCAAAGCUCCUGCACCAAUCCUUGCAGGUCAAUCUGCUUGGCGGACGAUUCCCGACUGCGAAUGGUCAGCGCAAUGGUCUCUUGACCGUGCCUGUAGAACUUCCCGAAGACUUUGAAAACACUGUCCAUGGGUCAAAGUCGAGUUUGUAG